AUGUCGUCUGAAGAUGUAGAAGAAUGGAUACGGAAAAAUUGUUUAUGGUCGGAAUUGCCAGAGGGCAUUCAAUUAAUAUUGGGAGCUUCACAGAGAGAGUAUGAAAAGCGUGUUUUGGAUUACUCUAUUAGAAAUCAGCUCAAGCACGCUGGAAAUGUCGGUAUGUUUUUGUUACGUUAAUGAAAUGCUGUUAAGUCAGCUUUAAUUGUUUUUUAAAGUUAUUUAAUUUUUUUAGUCCGAACUGUCAAGAAAAAUCCAGAGGAAUACUACGAAUUGUUGUUGAAGGAAAGUCGCCAAAAACUAAUGUUGUUUCCAUAUCAUUUGAGCGAGUUUAUUGUGUUUGGGCUGAGAAUUACGCCGUUUCAGUAUUAUUUGGAGAUGAUUCAGGUAUGUAUAUCUUAUUUUAUUUUUAUUUGAGUUUAGGAUAUCAUGAGAGCCGAGAAAAGUUACGAUUCGUUACCUAAUUUUACUGCUGCUGAUGUAAUACGGUUACUGGGUAUUGGACGGAAUCAGUACAUUGACAUGAUGAACCAGACAAGAUCAUUUAAGAAGUUGUUUAGAAGAGGGAAAGGAAUCAAUGAAGUGUUACCUCAGAAGCCGGACGACAUUGUUGUAGAGCCGUUUUGGAUGGUGAGGCCGGGAUAUGUACUUGAAAAUGACAUCAAGGUAUGCUGAGAAUUUUGUUUUUUGUUAAGUGAUGUAUAUUUUUAGCUCUCAAGCACAUUUUUAAUGUUUAAAACAAUAAUUUUGAUUCUAUAAGGCACUGACUGUGGUAUUAAUACUUAAAAUUUAAUAAAUUAUUAAUAAGUGAUUUAGCAAUUGGAUAUUCACGAAAAGGAAAUAAUUGAUAAACUGGUUGACGGAGUUCCUUUAAUUGCCGGUUUACUGAACAAAACGUCAAUAUUAAGCUUGUUCAACAGAGGAUUGGUUUACUUUGAUGUGCCUGCGAAUGACAGCGACUAUGUUUAUGGUAAGUGUGUAUUUUUCUUGUUUCAAGGAAGUGGUAUAACACGGAUGUAAUUUUUUGGUGUUUAUUGUUUAUUUCAGUGCCUACUUUGGAUGGAUUUGUUAUGAACCGCGUACAAGGAGAUUAUUUUGAGAAGCUGCUGUACAAGGUUUUUGUUACAAUUGAUGGUCAGAUGAAUGUCAAAGAGGUAAUUUAAUGUUUACAUUUUUAAUAGAAUUGUAAUGUUUGAUAAACAUAAUAAAUUGUAAAUUUGUUUAGUGUUAAUUACUUACAUUACAACUUUUUAGCUUGCUGAUGUUAUUGGAGUAGACAUUGAGCUAGUGAAGACUGCUGUGUCAGCUUUUCUGCGACUUGGCUUUGCAAAGAAACGUACGACUGGACUAGAACAGACUCAGCUACAUGCAUCAUGGAGACUAGAUGAUUCUAAAGACGCUUCUGUCGUCUUCUCUAAAAGUAUGAUGGAGUUGACUAAUUCAACAAUGAAUGAUGAAGAUGAGGAUUUGGAUGCAUCAGAGGAAGAUGGAAGAAAGCUUUCAGCCGCUUCUGUAGUUACAUCGCCAUCUGUUAAUAGUGCACCAUUAAGUGAACUUAGCAUUAAUGGCACCAAACGGUUGGCAUUUCUGUUUGAUUCGUCUUUGACUGCGUUUUUGAUGAUGGGGAAUCUGUCGCCGAAACUGAAGAAUCACGCAGUAACCUUGUUUGAAGUAGGGAAACUGUCGGACGAAACCGUGGACAACUUUGUAGAUGAAUUAGGUAACAUUAACUUUUUUGCUGAAGGAGAAGCGCAACGAUAUUCUGAACAUGCGAAGACUUUGUUACACACGAUUAAGGCUUUGAAGGGAAAAGGAGAACUGGAUCUGAUUAGAGGAGAAAGUCUGUUCAGUCUUGAUGAAACGGCUCGAGAACGAGUGGUUAAGAAGGCUUACAAGUAUGUUAUAAUAUUUCUUAGUAAUUUUAUUCUUAUUGUUUUACUGUAAGAUUAAGUGUUUGUCUAUAGGAUGAGGUAUUGAAUGUUUAUUUUCAGGUUUAUCGUAUCAAUGGCACCACUGGGAGCUGAUGCAUGUGCCUUUAAACAAGUAAUAGUACCAUCAGUAGGAACUAGUGUAGUAGAACUGACAUCGCCAUGGUUUAGACUGUUUUUGUAUGAUAUUGUGAACGAAGGAACAGCAUCUAUGUUAAUUCCAAUGGGUAUCAGAGUGAAUGAGUUACCUGACUUAUUCUGGAAGAGUACAAGAGUUAUGUUAAGUGCUGCUACACAUGAGCCUAACAUUGUGAUGACAGAUGCUGUGUUGCCUGUGCUGAACGAUAUGCUGUUACAUUCUUCUGUGUUUCUUCAGGUUGGUUUUUUAUUUAUUUUUUAGUUUGAUAUGAUAAUAUUACGAAAUAAAAUUUACGCAUAAUUUAAUUUGAUAUUAUACGAAAAUUGUGGGUUUUUUUGUGAUUCUAAGUGUAAAAUUGAUAUCAUUGUAGGCCUACAGCGACAAAGUAGACGACUCUGAGAUUGUGAAUGUUUCUUUCCCAUUCACCGAGGAUGAAUUGAACGACGAUACCCACUUCUGCAAUCAUUCAGUCGUGUCAAAGCUAAAGGACGUUGUCAACUUGAACUUAAACACGGGAUAUCUUGUAUUUUUAAAAGUUAAAACAUCAACAGAUUCUACAGAGACAUCAGAAAGUGAGGAAGAGAAUCAGAUGGUAGAAAUGGCAUGUUCUACUGCUACUUUGAGGUCUUCAUUCAAUAACACGGUAACAAAAGAUCCCAAAAAGGUAGUUUCGAAGCGAGUAAAGCUGGUGAAACAGGAGAGCUUCGAGGACUAUGUUCUCUUCGAUUGUGUCUUUGGGAUUCCACUGUUCGAUGAGCGUUUGAAUUCAGAAGUGUGCAAACGGUUAAUAGAGAACAAUCUUUUUGACAAGUAAGUUGAUUACCUUUGUAUAAUCGUGUAGUUUAAUUUUUUGAUAGUAAUUUAUUUAAAAGUUGUUUAUAGUUGAGUUUUAAAGUUUAAUAUCAAUUUUGCUUUUCAAACAUGAAACUUGACAUGAAAUUCUCAAUUAUGAUUUAUAUCUUAUUCAUCUUUUUAGGAGUGAGGAAAUAAGCAAGCUGAAUCAAAGUCUAGUUCAGAAAAUUCAAAAUUUCGUCUACCAACUUCAAGUUCCAGGAUAUGAAGUAAGUUUUUUAAAUUUAAAUAAAAAAUUUGAGGUAUUCUUGUUGCGGUUGAAAUUUUCUGUUAAAGUGUCGUUUUGUUAAAUGUUCCGAUGCAAAAUAAUGAUGAUUAUUUAAAUUUUUAUCUAUUUUAGGAUCCAUUUGGACAAUCCGAUGCCAACUGUAUACCAUUGCCAACCCAGACGGUGUUUUUUGACGGUUCUACUGUUAGUCCGAUAGUGCUUUAAAUAUUUUUUUGGAUAGCUUUGAUUAGAUUUUUAUUUUAUAGGUAUUUAAAUUAUUAUAUAUUACCUAAAUUAUUUUGAUUUAUUACCUGAGGUGUUAAUAGUGCAAUUGUGAUAAGUUCUGGAUGUCUCGGAAAUAAUUUCACUUUUGAUGUGUCAACGAGUUCUCUAUGAUAAUAUUGACAGCUGUGUUCUAUUUAUAUUACGGGCUGUGUCUUGACUGUUUCUAAUAUAAGUUAUUAUUGUAUAAAUAAACGGUUAUGUUUUUGAAAGCAAUAUUGUUAUGUCGUUAAUACGAUUUAUAUACUUUUGGUGUGUUUUGAUUAUACUUUGAGGAUUUUCUCGUUUUUUAUGUUAAUUAUGUUGUUUUAGCAGAGUGGCCUUAUGGCCGACUCCAAUCGAACACGAAUCGUGUUCGGAGUCUUUCUACUUUUGAUUGUCAAUACCGUAUGGGUAAUCUCCGCUGAAGUCACAAAGGUAAAUGAACGUGCAUUAAAUUUACUUUAUUAUUGAUUUCACUCUGUUGUAUAAGUUAGUAAAUUAUUUGGACAUUGCUAAAAGUAAAUCAUGGUGUUUUUAUUAUGAUUAGUAAAUUCAAUCUGUUAUAACACCUAAUUUUAGUAUUUGUUUGCCGAUCUGAAGUUCAAAAGGCCGUUUUUCGUAACAUAUAUCAAGAGUUGUUUGUUUUCCAUAUUCUUAUUAAGAUACCUUAUAUGUGGCACACAACAGAGCAAGUCGGAUGAGGUAAGUUAAAGCUAUAUGCUUUGUGUUGAAAAACGUUUUACAGCUAAAUUUCUUUCUUGCUUAUGCUAAAAUGGUAUAUUUUCAGAAAGAUUACUCGCUUUUAAAGACCGAAAAUGAAACGGAUUCAGAGUUUGAAGCUGAAAGUUUGGUAGGUUUUGAAUGUAAAGUUGGAGUAAGACUUGACUUUUUUUUGAUAUUUCAAUAUUGAGGUCUAAAAGCAGUAGUAACAUGAGAAAGUUUUUGUUUUUUAUGGUACAUUUAUUAUAAAAUUUUGUUUCAGUCGAUGGGAGAAUUCGAGCCAGUUACGUUACCAUCAGAUUACGAUUCAGAAGAUCAGAUGAAGGGAAUGGAGGAAUCCAAAAAGAAAAGAAGAGUUAGAUUCAGCUUGUGGAGAGAGGUCAGAAGUCUGCCAGAAAGGAUUGCUUAUGAGGCCAAGAUGGCUAGGCUACCAUACAGGCCACCACCAAUCGGAUGUAACUGUAGAAUGUCAGCUCCUGUCAAGUAUACCUUGUACUUUGCUCCGUUGGUUAGUUUUUUUAGUUAUUUUUAGGUUUAAACGGUACCUAUACUAAACGGUUUAACGUUUUUGCUUCUUGAGAUUCUAGUUUUAUUGUUUUUAGUGGUUCGUCAGCUCAGUAACCUACCAAGCCUCCCUUCUGUUCUCUUCGGUCUCUUCAGUCAACAUGAUCUCUGCGUCUUCAUCUCUGUUUGUACUACUAUUAGGAGCAUUGUUUAGUCCGUAUCUGGAAGAUCGGUUUAGCUUUAUGAAGUUUGGCCUAGUCAUUUUGAAUUUGGCUGGAGUGGCAAUAGUUUCUCAGUUCUCAAGUGUUUGGACUGGCACGGUAUUAGCUGUGGUAUCAGCGUUUACAUAUGCAAUAUAUUUAACAGUCUUCACGGUGAUAAGUCGGAAGAACGACAAGAUUGAUAUGAAUCUUCUCUUUGGUAAGUACUCUUGUUAUAUGUCACAUGUUUAUAUGCAAAUUUAUGAUGUCUUCUUCAAUUACAUUUAGUGUUUAUAUUGAAUCUCAAAGAGUUAACUAGUCAUUUCAGGUGUAAUAGGAGUGUUUUCUCUCAUCAUAUGUACUCCCUUAAUGUUCGUAGUGCAUGUCACAGGUCUCGAACCUCAACUACCUCUACCAAAUGCACACGAGUUCACUGUAGUGUUAUUAAAUGGCAUGAUUGGAAGCGUAUUGACCGAUUAUUUGUGGUUAUAUGCGACUUUAAUGACCAAUUCCUUGAUAUCAUCGAUUUCGUUGACUUUAACUAUACCCAUGAGUUUGUUUGCUGACGCUAUCUUCAGGUUACAGUUCCCUGACGCUGCUCAGCUACUGGCUGCUGUACCUAUUAUGGCUGUGAGUUUAUCAUAAGGUUUUUGGUUUUAUUGAAAGGUGAUAUUAAGUCUGUUGCAUUAUAUUGUUGUAUGUUAUGUCACAUUAUAUUAUGUGUGAUCUGAAUUCAUUGUUUUAGUCGUUUAUUGGAGCUUCCUUAUUAUCACACUCUUCAAACGAUCGGUCAGAAGCUACUCGACGGUCUAAGUCUCCAGUCCCCAUCACGAAGCGUGGCGACGUCAGAUUCCGAAACAUGAAGUCGGACGAAAGCGAAAGACUCAUGGAACAGGACGAAAGCCUAUGA